AUGUUUUUAGAUUCGGAAAAAUAUCCAUUAUAUCAAUAUGAUUAUGGUGCUGCAUAUAUUUGGCAACGUCUUUCAUUACUCGGACUAUUAGGUAUUCGUACAUUUUAUUUACAAUGUUCAGAUACAUUAAGUUUUCAAGAAUUAUAUGAUUGUGUUGUUUUCAAUACUGAUCAAUAUUGGAAAAGUCGUGAUUCGGAUGAAAAUAUUCAGAUUAAAAAAUCACGCCGUUUUCGUCAAUAUCGACAACAAUUUGAACGAAAUCAUCCAUAUUUAUCAAUUUUAAAUCCAUUUGCUAAUCGUUUGAUUUCAUUUCGUGUUUGGCUAGAUUCAUGGUUACAAAUGGAUCAUAUUGAUAAAAAAUUAUUUCAACAACAUAAUCGUAUGCGUUUGUUUCCAAAUUCACCAAUCAAAACACGUAAUCGAGCAGUAUUGUUUAUUCUGUUUACAAAUCAUUUUAAUUAUUCUUUAUUAGUUACAUGUAUAAAAUUAAUAUUUGUAAUUGAAGCAAUAUCAACAUUUCAUAAUGUAAUAUUAUUGAUACAAUGUGCAUUAGUAUUAGCUUGUUCAAUAAUAGCACCAUAUUUAACAAUACAUGGACAAAUGACUGAAAUGAAUGAAAAAUUAAUAAAAUUAUUGGAAAAAAUUAAAUAUGAUAAUCAUUAUCAAAUUACAGCAAUCGAAUUAAAACAAUUAAGAUUUUAUUUGAAUGAACAUACACAAUUAUCACGUUUUGUUUUGUAUACGGAUAAAAUUACCUGGAGUGAAGCAUUAUAUUAUUAUGCAUUAAUCAGCAUACCGAUCAAUGUAACAUUAAUGUGUGAAUUGAUUGUUGAAGAUAUUAUACCAGAAACAAAAUUUUUAUUUAUAACAGCCGGAAUAAUACAUGCUGUUACUGGUGUAUUUCCAUUCUUAUUAUUAGCUGAUAUGUCAAGUGAUUUUCAUUCAAUCAAUGAUUAUUUACCUGCAAUGCAAUUACAAUUAAAACAAUCAAAACACUUACGUUUAAAGAUAAAAUAUGAUGAUCUUUAUGAACGAUUGAUUCAUGGCAAAAAAAUUGCCCAUACAUUUGGUACGCUUGGUAAUCUAACAUUUCGUGGCCUGUUUGAAGCAUUUUUCGGCUAUAUUGCUGCAUUCUUUUUAACAUUAAAAGUUUAUAUGAAUGAACAACAAAUUGAACAUAAUCGCUAA